AAUCCUUUGUGACUGAAGCUCUAUGAUGCAAACCUGGAACUAUAUAGCCAAGGGCCGGAACCUUGAGCUCUCAGUUGCCUCGUAGCAGCCUUACGAUUCAGACACGGAGACUCUCCUCUUACUUCUGAAAAGCUAUCUUGAGCUGUGGCUGAGCUUCAGCUCAACUUUUAUUGAGAAUGAGUUCAAACACGCUGUUAGCCUAGUUGUUAUCAGCGGGUUGGGGAUCAUCUUCGUGUACUUGGGCUACCGGGUACUGAAGUUGUUUUUCACAAAUGCACAAAGAAAGAAGAACAUGGCAAAGUGUCGGGGGAGAGCCAAGAGGAGGCGGAAAGGUGGCACACACAGAGGUUCAAGGAUGAAAGAGAAAGAAGCAGAGGAGGGAAGGAAACUUCUUUAUAUUCUGAAAAGCUCUCUGAGCCAAAGUGAAGAUAUCACCAACGUUCGUCAUCUCCUGUGCCCAGAUGCCCGCUGCAUCGUGUGUAACAGAACAGCAGCCAAGGUCAGCCGGCUGCUGUCUCUGGGCUCCCUGCUAGAUGAUACAUCCUCUAAGCAUUACAUGGCUUCCUCAACUUCCCUAAUUGACAAAACAUUCACUGCACAAUCUGCUUCCUCAGAAACCCAUCCAAAAGCAAGAACAUCUGUCUCUCUGCCCGUGCCCUCUGCACCUCCCCCUUCUACUACCUCACUUAGCCGUGUUACCUCUUUACCUGAUUUACUGACUGCGGAACCACUGGCUGACUCAGUACCACCAGAGCCUGUUCUUCCCAUGGCUAUUGAAUUCCCAGUGGACCCUUCCCCACCCCAACCCCUUUCUCUUUCCCCUCCUGCACCACUUGGCAGUCAGAAAUCCGAUCAUGGACUCGACCAGCAGACCUCUCUACCUGUAGGAAAUGGCCCUGAUGAGUUGUCAACUGAUAAUCCACCAAUCAGUGAUAUUGACCGCUCAAUGCCAGAAUCCAGGGAGCAGGUUCCUGUGAAAAAGUCUACGGACUUGUUCCUUUCCAAUCUAGAACAAGAUAGUUUCAAGCAAGAACUUCUUGCUCGCCAAUCUCCUGACAGAGAAAGUACAUCCUACUUUGUAGAGCCCACUCACCUCUCAUUUGUUAGCCCUGAUGAUAUCACCCACUUGGAGAAACAAAUAAAAAAGAGGGGUGAGUGCCUGAUACAGAAGGAAAGGGAAAGUAAAAUGACACCUUUUCCAAAACAAGUUAAGUCAGCCCACCAACUGGAGACUUCAGAGAAAAUAACAGAAUCAGGUGCUGCUGAAUAUAAGUCAGCAGUCAGUCCAGACUAUCAACUGCAUAUGCUAGAGUCAGAUGCUGAGAAGCAUGACUCAGCAAUGAGUGCAGAACACCAACUAGACACUUCAGUGAAAGCGCUAGAGUCAGAUGCUGACAAGCAUGACUCAGCGAUCAUGUCAGACCAACGACUAGACACUUCAGAGAAGAUGUUAGAGUCAGAGGCUGAGAAGCCUGAGCUGGCCUUCCAUCUGGACCACCAGCUGCGUACUCUAAAGCCAAUGUUAGAAUCAGGCGCUGAUGAGCACGGUGAAGCAGUCUCCCUGUAUUCUGGAGACAGCAAACGCAAACCAGCCGAGCUGCAUAUGCAUCAGCAGCCUCCAUCUUCUAAAACGUUUGAGAACCAGUCACCAAAAAAAUGUAUCCAACACUUCUGGGGUAUGCCAACUCUACACAGCGAGUCCUUGUACCCCGUUACCCAUGAUUCAAAUAACUGUCUUUCCACCUUGAUCACCUUCAAUGGGAUUGUCAAAUGUCCCAUAUCUGAAGGAUUUCCAGUAUCUUACCGUCCCAAACCUCGAGUCUUGCCUGAGAUCCAACCUCAACUUUUACCUCAAAGUCUCUCUCCAUCUCCACCUCAAAAGGCUACUCAGGCCUAUUCUGAACACAAACCUCCACCUCCAAUUCCGAUGUUACCAACAUCUCCUUUAGCCCAGAUGAGGAUCUGUGGAGUGUGUUUCCAUAGACCCAAAAUGGAGACACAGUCUCUCUUGCCCUCUGAAAUUCAUCGGCUGGAAUACAAUGUCUUACAGAAAGAACAAGAGUAUUUGUGGGGUUUACCCCCUUUAGUCCAAAAAUCUAGGGAGUACUCUUGUCCUCCACCUCCCAACACUCCCCUUUUGAGCCAGCAUUGCAACAUCCACAAGCCAACCUCCAUUCUUCUCGGAGAUUACCCUCUGAGCCCUGACGUUCGGAAGAAAUUAGAACAUCACCUUCGAAAGAGACUGAUCCAACACCGCUGGGGUUUACCCCGCAGGGUCCAUGAGUCCCUGACACUGAUUAGUCCUCUGAGAGCAGCAGCAGCUUCCCAAAUUUCAGAUUCAGAGAGCGGUCACGGUCACCGACAGAAACGGGUCUCUCUGCUUAAGAGUAGCAGAGACUUCAAGAGUUCUGAAUUCAGCCAGACUUCACUUUCUUCUGAGUCUGGCUCAGAAAAGCUUCACUCAGCUAGAGUUAGGAAGAAGACACAGUGGCACAGCCCAAAGAGUGGCCCUAGUGAUUCUCUGUUGGAGGAGUCCUCCGAUAACACUCCGGGGUUUGACUCCGAGGAAGAUCCAGAGAGCUAUACAGCGAAUCUCUCUGAGAAGAUUUCAAGGGCCUCAGGGGUCAGUGUUCAUCAGAAACAAUUAGAAAACACACUGAAAGAGCACUUGAGUAAGAAACUGGAGGAAAUCAGGGAGGGUCGGAUCCCUGCGGCUGUGAGUAGCUCAUGGCACGCCAUCAAACAGGCACUGUCUGUUCCUGAAACAUCUCAAAGCAGUGUGGAGCCGACAGACGCAGCACCAGGUGUAGCCAGAAGCAUUAGCCUAAACACUUCCCAGGAGCUAUAUUUCCUGGGCUCUGAAAAACAAAAGAUACUGGAAGAUCAUAUAAAUAGUUUUUGUAAAAGGAGCAAGUGGGGCUUUCCCUUUAGGGUCUUGGAGUCCAUGCAGAUCAGCAGCGGGAGAGAGGACUCCUCCCAGUCCUUAGGCCAUAUGCACUGCUCUAUCUCGGAAAACAUGAUUUCUGCAGUGAGUUCACUCGGGACCUCUAAGUCAUUUGGCAGUUCUCCAUCUUUUCAUGGACACAAGUUGAAGCCAAUAAAGUCCGUCCCUAAUCUGGAUCAUCGCCUUCCUCCUGCCUCACUCGUGGGGAAGGACGGACAAGGGGGGCAGAGGAAACAAUCCCUUAAGAAAAAACCAGAGUUUGUAGAUGUUCAGAUGAAGGAUGGCCGGCAGACUCGGACAGACGAAGAAACGAGGAGGAAGGCAGAGCAAGACAAUAGACCCGACCCGAAGCUGGUGUCUGCCACUCGUGAUGGCUCUGGACUUGAGCCGAAGGAAAAGGUAAUGGAUUCCAGCGACAGGGAAGAAAGGCGUCAGGUCUCCAAAACAAAGCCUUUAGAAUGCUUCCCAAACUAUAACAAGUCCAGAGAGAUAUUUAAGGCGAACGAACUCUUUGCACUUCAAUCAAAAUCCACCUGCGCCUUGGCAACCAGCACAUCCUUAGGGGCAGAUGUGAAAAUAAAACAAGAAGAAACUACUUUGGUUACUAAAAUUCCCACACCAACAAUGGCAGUUUCCCCAAACCCUAAAGUGACAGAUUUUAAAAACCAAUUGAUGAAUGAAUUAAAGUUGAAAUUGGAGAAUAGGGAUCAGAUCCAAUUUCAAGGCCAAUCUGUUGACAUGCCAGUGGCCUCAGAUAAUUCAACUCCCAAAUCUUUGCCGACUGCUGCCCAGAUUGUCUCCAGCGGGGACGUGGCAGCUUCUCAGGUUAUGCACGUCCAGCUGGACAACACAAAAGCCAACGUGGAACAGAAUCAGGAGCCCUGGGUUCCUAAGCUUGUCUUACAGAACUGCUGGGAUAUGAAUACUACACCCAGUUCAAAGAAACAAAGUUCUUUGCAAGCUCAAACAGGAGAACUCGGUGAAGGAGACGCAGGACUGGGGACAUCCCGACACAGUAAGAAGAGCUGUUCUGUGAAGGACAAAGCAUUCAACGAGAUGUGUGGGAGCAGAACUUCCCCAAGCCUCUCAAGGCAGGAUCAGCCUCCUCCGGAAAGUCUCUUUCAGAAACAUAUCAAGAAUUUUUUGCAAUGGUUUUGUCCUGGAAACAGAUCCAAAGGGAAAGGAUUUUUCCUUGGAAACGGGUCCUCUUCCUUGUCAUCGAUGCAGACGAAAGUUAAAAGAGCUUCCCCGACUAGCAGCCCAAAAACUCCAGCAAUGACAAUCAACACUGGCAAGGCAUUAGAGGUAAAAGCGGGUCAUAGCCACGGAGUCAGGAUCGCCUGUGCCCAAGCGCCUGUGUCACUUUCCCCCCUACCAAAGUCUGUGAAAACUCAUAAGGCACAACCCAGGGUCCAGCAAGAGCCUGUGCAGGCACAUGCUUGCAAGCACAAAGCUGCUUCCUCUAAACUGAACAAUACAGGCUCCUUCAGCCAAAAAGCUCCCAAUGCUGGCCAAAAUUAUCCCUCAAAGAAUAUACUGAUCAAAGUUGUAGUUCUAACAAGGUCAGUCAUGGUGAAUCUCUCGGACCAUGAUGGGAUGUCAGACUUGGGGCUGGAGUUGGAAUUAAAUCGUGUGGGUCGUUCCAUCAGCCAUGCUUCUCCCGUGAAACCCCGAUAA